GGAGCGCGAGCGCUUCCGGGUGGCUCCCGCGGCCCCGCCGGCCGAAGGCGCGCCGUCCUGGCAGGCUGCGAAGAUCGGGAGGACAGGCCGGGCGCCGCUCGCUCCUCUUCCGCCUCCGGAGGCCGCCCGCAGCCCGAAGGAUGCGGCAGUAGCGGGAUGGUUGGCUGCGCGCUCUGGCAUGUCGUCCUGGACGGCCGAGCUGAAGGAGGGCGCUUCCGCGGCUAAGUUCUUCCUGGGCUGUCGAGAUGAGGAGGUGGAUUUCCCGGGCGCAGAGCUGAAGAUGGAAGAGCUGCCCUUCUUUGAGGCUGAGGAGGAGGAGGAGGAGGAGGAGGAGGAAGAGUCGGUAAAGGGGCCUCUUGCUGCCGCCUGCCUCGGAAGGAGCCUUGCUGGCUUUGAGGCGGAGGGAAGUCGGGGAGAGCUGACCAGGGAAGUGGGCUGGAAGUCCCCUGGAGGGCAUCCCGGGGGUGGGAGGUGUUCCCUCUUGUGCUUCUGGGGGCUUCUAGCAGGGAAGCUGGAAGCCUGGCGGGGCCCCUUCCUCUUCUCUUGGAAGUCCUCCUUAGUUCUGGCCUGCGCGUGUUUCUGUGCCCCCCCACCCCGUUUUGCUUUUGUGCCUGACUUUAAGGAAGAGCCUCCUGUGGUCAGACCACCCACUGCCCAAGGUGACGCUGCUGCUGCUGCGGCUCUCUUGCAGCCUCCAGAACGGCAGAUUGUGGUUGGCAUUUGCGCCAUGACCAAAAAGUCCAAAUCCAAGCCCAUGACCCAAAUCCUGGAGCGGCUGUGCAAGUUUGAAUACAUUGCGGUGGUGAUCAUGGGGGAAGAUGUCAUCCUGAACGAGCCGGUGGAGAAGUGGCCGGCCUGCGACUGCCUCAUCUCCUUCCACUCCAAAGGGUUCCCACUGGACAAAGCUGUUGCUUAUGCCAAGCUCCGCAACCCUUUUCUGAUUAACGACCUUGAUAUGCAAUAUUACAUCCAGGACAGGCGGGAGGUGUACCGGAUCCUGCAGGAGGAGGGAGUAGACCUGCCUCGUUAUGCGGUGCUCAACCGGGACCCUGAUCGCCCAGAGGAGUGCAGCCUGGUGGAGGGGGAAGACCAGGUGGAAGUCAAUGGGGCCAUUUUCCCCAAGCCCUUUGUGGAAAAGCCAGUCAGUGCUGAGGACCACAACGUCUACAUCUACUACCCCUCUUCGGCUGGCGGGGGCAGCCAGCGCCUUUUCCGCAAGAUUGGGAGCCGUAGCAGCGUCUACUCUCCAGAGAGCAGCGUACGGAAGACCGGAUCGUAUAUUUAUGAGGAGUUCAUGCCUACAGAUGGCACGGAUGUCAAGGUCUACACGGUGGGUCCCGACUACGCACACGCCGAGGCACGGAAGUCCCCUGCUCUUGAUGGGAAGGUGGAACGGGAUAGCGAAGGAAAGGAGAUCCGCUACCCAGUUAUGUUAACAGCCAUAGAGAAGCUGGUGGCCCGAAAAGUCUGUGUGGCCUUCAAGCAGACAGUGUGCGGCUUUGACUUACUGCGGGCCAAUGGCCAGUCCUUCGUCUGUGAUGUCAACGGCUUCAGUUUUGUGAAGAACUCUAUGAAGUACUAUGAUGACUGUGCCAAGCUCCUUGGGAACAUCAUCAUGCGUGAAAUGGCUCCCCAGUUCCAGAUCCCCUGGUCCAUCCCCACUGAAGCAGAAGACAUCCCCAUUGUGCCCACCACUUCAGGGACAAUGUCUUUCUGUCUUGUGAUACCGAGCAUGUAUCUUCCCAUGGCUCUUCGCGCCACUCUUAGCUUUUGUAUUAUUGUGAGGAUGGAGCUACGGUGUGUGAUUGCAGUUAUAAGGCAUGGUGAUCGGACCCCCAAACAGAAGAUGAAGAUGGAAGUGAAGCAUCCCAGAUUCUUUGUUCUGUUUGAAAAAUACGAGGGCUACAAAACUGGGAAGCUGAAGCUGAAAAAGCCAGAGCAGCUUCAGGAGGUGCUGGACAUUGCUCGGCUGCUGGUGCAGGAGCAGGGUGCUCUCGGGGAUGCGGUGGCCGAGGAACAGAAGUCGAAACUGGAGCAACUCAAGACCGUGUUAGAAAUGUACGGGCACUUCUCUGGAAUCAACCGCAAAGUGCAACUGACCUACCUGCCUCAUGGGCACCUGAAGGCAUCCAAUGAGGAGGAAGAUCUCAAGGAAGCCUCCCCGUCUUUGCUGUUGGUGCUGAAGUGGGGGGGCGAGCUGACUCCUGCCGGCCGAGUGCAAGCGGAGGAGCUGGGCCGAGCCUUCCGCUGCAUGUAUCCAGGGGGCCAAGGAGACUAUGCUGGUUUUCCAGGCUGUGGCCUCCUUCGACUGCACAGCACCUACCGCCACGAUCUCAAGAUCUACGCCUCCGAUGAGGGCAGAGUCCAGAUGACGGCAGCAGCAUUUGCAAAGGGCCUACUUGCUCUGGAGGGAGAGCUGACGCCCAUCCUAGUGCAAAUGGUGAAGAGUGCCAACAUGAAUGGCCUGCUGGAUAGUGACAGUGACUCCCUCAGCAGCUGCCAGCACCGGGUGAAGGCUCGUCUGCGGGAAAUCAUGCAGAAAGAUGUCUCGUUCUGCGCAGAGGACUAUGAGAAGCUGGCACCAACAGGCAGUACUUCGCUCAUCAAGUCCAUGGGAAUCAUUGGGAAUCCAGUGGAGACCUGUGAACAAGUCUUUGAGCUGAUUGAGAGCCUCACUUCCCAGAUCCAGAAACGUCUGGAGGACCCUAAGUCUGCGGACUUGCAGCUGUACCACAGUGAGACCCUGGAGCUGAUGCUGCAACGCUGGAGGAAGCUGGAGCAAGACUUCCGACUGAAGAACCGACGUUACGAUAUCAGCAAGAUCCCUGACAUCUAUGACUGUGUCAAGUACGACAUCCAGCACAACGCUGGCCUGCAGCUGGAAGGCACCCAUGAGCUGCUCCGGCUCUCUAAGGCUCUGGCGGACAUUGUCAUCCCCCAGGAGUACGGCAUCAGCCAGCAGGAGAAGCUGGAGAUUGCGGUGGGCUUUUGCCUGCCUCUCAUCAAGAAGAUCCAGCUGGACCUGCAGCGAACCCACGAGGAUGAGUCUGUCAACAAGCUGCACCCCUUGUAUUCCAGGGGAGUCCUGUCUCCAGGGCGCCAUGUCCGGACACGUUUGUACUUCACCAGUGAGAGCCACGUCCAUUCCCUGCUUAGCAUCUUCCGCUAUGGAGGCCUGCUAGAUGCCUCGAAAGAUGCCCAGUGGAAGAGAGCCAUGGACUACCUAGGAGCCAUUUCAGAGCUGAACUACAUGACCCAGAUUGUCAUCAUGCUGUAUGAGGACAACAACAAGGACCCAUCGUCUAAGGAGAGGUUCCACGUGGAGUUGCAUUUCAGUCCCGGAGUGAAAGGCUGCGAGGAGGAAGGCAGUGCCCCAGCGGGGUGUGGCUUUCGCCCAGCCUCUGCAGAGAAGGAGGCCAGAAAGCCAGAACAGGGGAGUCUGGAAGACCUGGCUGAGUCCAAGGGCAGCGAUGAAACAGACAGGGCGGAGGCCCGGUCCCCGCAGCCUUCAGAACCGGUCUGCAUCCAACGCCGGUCACCCUUGAUCCGGAACCGCAAGGCUGGCUCCAUGGAGGUGUUGUCCGAAUCAUCCAAAUCUGGCGGGUACCGGCUCUUUUCCUACGCCAGGCAUUCAUCAGAAGGGAAACAGAGUGGCUUAGGGUCUCCAUGCUCAAGGCUCUUCAGCACCACAGUCCUGGGUGGCUCCUCCAGUGCCCCAAAUCUUCAGGACUAUGCACGCAGCCAUGGGAAAAAGUUUGUCUCCAGCUUUCUGUACAAAGACGAGCUCUUGUCUAUGCCAGCCAUAAAGAGAUUUUCUGUGUCAUUUGCAAAGCAUCCAACUAAUGGGUUUGAAGGCUGCUCCAUGGUGCCCAGCAUCUACCCAUUGGAGACGCUGCACAACUGCCUCUCCCUUCGCCAGGUCAGCGAUUUCCUGACCACUCUGUCCGGGAGGUGCGCCGACUCCCAGCCGAGGCCCUGCACAGAGGGGAGCAGCCUGUUUGAUGUGACCUCCGGCAAAGGCUUCAUGGAAUCCUUACCUUCUUUGGUCAGCUGCUUCCACGAGGACCAGCCUGCUGACAGGCCCCCCAGUGAGGAACUGCUCAGCAUGGAAGAAGGGGGCCUGCAGGGCUUCAUCCCUUGGGGGGAGCUCCUGGCAGUGAGUGAGGAGGAGGCAGCGGGGCCAGAGCAAAAUCGGUUGGAGGAGGCCUCAGCCGAGCAGGAAGAGCAGUCAAAGGAGGGAGAGGGACAGCUGUGGGGCCUAUGGGGCCCAGAGCCAGACCCAGAUGGGCUGAACAGCAAAGAGGUGUGAGAGAUCUUGCUUAAAAGGCUCCCGAGCAAGGGGCUCAGGGACCUUGCCUGGGGCAGGGCAUCUUCUACUCCUCGGUAGCACCUGGGAGACUGCCAUUCAACCAGCAAAAGCCCAGAGCGGUGAAGAUUCCAACAUGGAGCCACAUUGUCCCAGUGGAGCUGAAGAAGUUUCAGGAGCAGCUCAGGGGAACAGUUCACUCCAGGCUUUCCAUGGGGUUCUGGUGAGGCCACUGAAGCAGCAAUCAGUGUGGCUUUGGAUGGCAUAGAAAGCGGACUGGCCUCCCUGAAGCCCCUUUCCAGCCUUGCUGGAACCACUAAAUGAACCAGGUUUUCUUAAAAAUAUACAAAUCAGUUGCUGUCUGGGUGGAUCGGUGAUGUUACCCAAAUAGUAAUAUAUUCUUUGCAUCAAUGGUUGGAGGGAAGAGGGAGGGGGGCAGAUGUCAUGUCCAAAGUGUUGGUGGUUAAGAUUUCUGUGUUUCUGAAUUACGACACACUCUCUAAGUCCUUGUGCUGUAGGUACAAUCUGUAGUAAAGCACUCUUGGCCCUGA